AUGGAAAAUGCAUCCUAUUUUGCCCACUUGCUCAGCUGGUGGGAACACAGGAAUGACAAGAAUGUUUUAUUUCUGUUCUAUGAGGAUAUGAAAGAUGAUUUAGAAAGCGUUGUUCGGAAAGUUGCAGCGUUCAUAGGAAUUCAGGAUGCGGAAAGGAUUAAGAAGGCUGUGGAAAUGAGCUCCUUUGAAUUUAUGAAGGGGAAUGAGAUGAAGUUUUCAGAUGUACGCCUCGCACGUUAUCGGAAUGAUGCUUGUGGUGUAGCUGAUGAUUUUGCUCCAAGUAAGGUUGUCACAGGAUCUGCAACGAAAGGACGUGAGUUAAUGGACGACAAAACUAAAAAAAUGAUUCAAGAACAGUGGCUGGAAGUAGUUGGUAAGCAAACUGGAUUUCAAGAUUACAACGAGUUGAGAAGUGCAUUUAAAAAGGAAACGAUUAAUAAUAAUUACUCUUAG